AUGAGCAGCAAUACCUGUGAUCCACUUUCAACAGCUAAUACAACCCCGAAGCCAUCGGCUCGGCUUACCAACCCCACCACAUACCAUUUGCAGCAACAGCAAGAAUACCAAUAUCAAAUGCGUUUUAAAGAUCAGGUUGGCAUCGACCCUACACAAGUCAUGGAACAUCAACACCUAUUUUUUGCCCAGCAACAUCAAGAGAGCUCGCCCAAUCUUUCUGAUUUGGAUUAUCCAGACCUUACCACAAACACCUCUUCUUCUGGUAAUGGCCUCACAUCAUCCGAUCCCCAUCGGCCAUCACAACAACCACCAGUUGCAUUACAGCACCAUCAUCAUUUCAUUCGACACCAUCAUCAACCAUCAGGUGUAGUGGAUCCUUCAAGUACAACAAUGGCACCACCACCAUCAUCAUCAGGCACCAACCAUAAUAGCCCUGGCAAGGAUUUGCAGCUGGAAGAACACAAGCUACAACAUCCACCAGCACAUUACAGCCAUUCAAUGAUGUAUUAUCCACCACCAUCAUCAUCAGCAACAAUGAAUUCUCAAAGUUACUACUACAAGCAAAUCCAUCAAGGCGGUGUUGUUAAUGGAGCUACAGCAUCAACAUCAUUUGGUGCAAGUGCUCCUGCCCAUCUUGGAUACAACCACAUGCACCCCCCGCCUUUGGUUGGGCACUCGGUCACACCCAAUGAUGCAGCAGCAAUGGCUAUGGCAGCACCAGCACCGCCCGAUAAUGUGGUCACAGGAAUAAACCGGCAACAUCAACAACCACAUGUCUACGAGCAGCAUAAGCAGCAGCCUGAUACAUCAUCUUGUAUGGAUGCAGGAGCUAGUGAAAUCAAUGAGCCAUAUGAAGAUGAUUUUGCAGCCCAAGCAAAUCUACAAGCUAUUAUGGAAAAAAGACGACGACGACGUGAAUCCCAUAAUGCCGUGGAACGUCGUCGACGGGAUAAUAUCAAUGAUCGUAUCCAUGAGCUUGGACAAAUGCUACCGGAAGCCAUGACUGCUGAAGAAGGAGGCGUAGGUCGUCUUAAUAAAGGAACCAUCUUGCGCAAGAGCGUAGAGCAAAUCAAGCUAUUGCAAACGGAUUUACAAAGCUAUCAGCAACGCGUCAUUGAGCUUGAAGAAACGCUUCGUCGUCUCACCUCCACCAAGGUACAACCCAACACGCGCGUAUCGCAAUAA